CUAACUGCACUGCUGUAUCGUUUUCUUGUAGAAGUAUUUUCCUAAAUUAUGUGUCUUUUUCUACACAGAUGGUGGUUAGCAUUAAAACGAUGACUGUGUGGGACAAAGACAAAGCAUAGAGAAAAAGGAAAGCUGAACUGUGCUGGAAAAAGACCAUGACUCAAACAUUACAGAGCCAGAGUCAUUUUAUCAAUAAGUACAUAGAUCUGCUCACGCAGGAUUCAGAGGAUCUGGACGCCUCAGCCUCUACAUCAGCAGAGCAUAGGUACCUAAGCAUGCUCGUAGCGACGCAGUGUUCUUAAUAAGUCAACUUGUAUUGUAUUCUCAAUAUCCAAUCAGUACAUUUAUGUCAGUAAAUGCAUGCAUCAACACUUCCUUGACUUUGCUGAGCAGUUGUCUGUUCUUUGUCCUAAAAGUUCUUGCAUAUAAUGGUGGUCUUCACAUAACAUAAGUAAAUUCCCAUCCUUUAACUCUUUAUCUUGCAUAUUCAUUUAGAGCAUUUUCUGUUGGGGUAAAUGAGUAGAGAGGAUCCUAGGCCAUUUUUAGCAAUUUCCUGCCCCAGUUCAUGUGACAGUGCUCUGGUGUGUGUGGGACCUCGUCGUUGGCGUGCCAGAGGAGGAGAGAGGAGGCAGAUGGAGAUGUGUAUCCUGUGUCACGAAGCGCAGGAGAUCCUACCUGAUGGCACCGCCAUGGUGCUCGCUGCCUUUGUCCAACGCUCUACGGUCAUGUCCAAGAACCGCAAAAGACCCCCUCACAAUCCAGAGAGCUAUGAUCCCCUCUUCAUGCACCCUGACCUGUCCUUUGGUACCCAUACCGGCAGCUGUGGCCACAUCAUGCACUCUCUCUGCUGGCAGAGAUACUUUGAGACACUCCAGAGUCAGGAUGCGCAGUGGCUGCAUGAGCAAACCAGUUGCGAUGUAGUGAAUGGGGAGUACUUGUGUCCACUCUGUAAGUGUCGCAGUAACACUGUCAUUCCUCUCCUGCCCCUCACUGAGACCACCUGCAGUUACAGCAAUAGUGAGCAGCCAGGCCUGGCUCAUUGGCUGAAUGCAACGUAUAUAAGCAGAUCAGAGCCUUGCACUCUGCUCAUAAGAGAGUCAAGCCAACAAGUGAGUCUCAUCAUAUAUAGUGCGUGUGCUCCUUAUUUGUGUGUGUAUGUGUGCACAUGCAGUCAUAUUGUGGUGUUUGUCUUUUAGAUGCUGGUGAGACAGAGACUG